AUGGCUUCAUCAAGCUUCUCACCAGCUGCACCUCCAGUUUUCAAUAGAGAAGGAUAUCACAUUUGGGUAGUCAAGAUGAGAACCUACCUCCAGGCAUUUGAUCUAUGGGAGGUAGUUAACUCAGAUGUUGAACCAGAACCAUUGAGAGCAAAUCCAACAGUGGCUCAAAUGAAGAAGUACUCUGAAGAAAAAAGUAAAAAGCACAAGGCCAUGUCAUGCAUUCAGAACUGUGUUUCUGAUGUAAUUUUUACUAGAAUCAUGGCUUGUGAAUCACCAAAACAAGCCUGGGACGAACUCAAGGAGGAGUUCCAAGGUACUGAGAGGACAAGGCAGCAGCAGUUGUUGAAUUUGAGAAGGGAGUUAGAGAACUUGAAGAUGAAGGAAGAAGAAACUGUCAAGAAGUAUUCUGACAGAAUCAUGGCUAUAGUUAAUAGCAUAAGGCUCCUUGGUGAGCAAUUUGAUGAGGCAAGGAUUGUGGAGAAAGUGCUCUCUAUCUUACCAGAAAGGUAUAAAGCAAAAAUAUCCUCCUUAGAGGAUUCAAGAAACCUAGCAAGCAUCUCCUUAACUGAGCUCAUUAAUGCCUUCUAUGCUCAGGAGCAAAGGAGAGCUAGCAGGAUGGAGGAGCACCAAGAGGGUGCUUUCCAAGCUAAAACCAAGUCUGCUUCAAGUUCCUCAGCCUAUAAAGACAAGAAGAACUGGAAAAUAGGCCUAAGCCUGAUGCUGCAAGAGGAAAAGAUCGACUCUGCAGAUUUUGUAAAAAACCUGGUCAUCCAGAGGCCAGAUACUGGUUCAGGCCAGAUGUUUUGUGUCAACACUACAAGAAGAAGGGGCAUGUUGAAAGGGUCUGCAAACAAAAGGGCAGACCUGGCCAGAAUCAAGCACAAUACAAAAAUGCUGAAGCUCAAGUGGCUGAAGAUAGUAGUGACCAUGAAGAGCAGGUCUUUACUGUUUCAUGCUCAGCUGGCCAGAAGAAAGGUUCAAAAGUUCAUAAAAGCUAAAGGAAAAGGAGAUGUGGUGAUAUGCACUCCUACAGGCAAUAAAGUCAUUCCAAAUGUGCUGCUAGUACUUGAGAUUGACAGAAAUCUUCUCAGCAUUGCUCAAUUGCUUGAGAAAGGUUAUUCUGUUGUGUUCAAAGGUGAAGAAUGCCAGAUAAGUGAUCUAAGUGGAUCCAAGUUCAUGUCAGUCACUAUGACCGAUAAAUGCUUUGAAGUCAGCUGGCCAAAUGACCUACACUCAGCCUACAUUGCCUCUACAGAAGAUUCCAAGCUUUGGCACUAA